ACUAUCCCCUCGAAGACCCUGCUAAAACCUAACCAUGCUCGCUCUUCAACGGCUAGCAAAAUCAACGCUCGGAUCGCCGAUUCCUACUCAAUUCCUCGCGCUCCGGUCGGCCCUUAGCUCCAUUGCCGCCGAAAGAACACUUUCCACCAAGAACAACGGCGGCGACGUGUGGAACGACGCGUGGGAGACGGCGUGGUUGCCGGACGACCUGUCGCCCGCGAACCGAGCGCCGUGGGAGAGCGACGUGAACUUCCCGUCGUCGGACUCUUCUCCGUCCGUCGUCCUGCCGUCGGACGCGGACGCCGAGACGAAGGCGUUUGUAGAGGACAUGAACGAGAACUGGGACGAGAGGAGCAAGGUGUCGAAGAGCAAGGAGCUGAGGCAACGGGAGAAGCAGAGCUGCGAGGUAGAGAGUGCGGAUUCUUCGCUGUACAGCUUGGAGAAUAUCAAGAAGGACUAUAGGUUGAAGAAGCAGAGGAUACACGCGGGACUGUGGGUGAAGGAGAUUGAGAAGCAGGAGGAGGCCAAGCUCGGUGCUGGAGAUGACAUCGAGCGAUUGCUCGAUACCGCUUCUGAGAUUUUUGACUCUCCUAGUUGUGAUUGGAAUUCAACAAACUUAUUGGGCUCUUCUGAGUUUAAAAAUAAGCCUGAUGGUUGGGAAACAACAUCCAAGUCUCAAGAUGAAAAUGUGUGGGAAAUGUCACAGAGGGAGGAAGAUAUUCUUCUCCAAGAAUUUGAGCGCCGUAUUGCAUACAGCAAAUUUCAGAUAGCCAGUUUCAUAAAGAGCCACAUAUUUAGCCGGCGAAGACCAGUUGAUGGGUGGAAGUAUAUGAUAGAGGUGGUGGGACCUAAUGCCCAGAAAGGGAAGGGUAGUGCACCAAGAUUACCAAGCCUCGCAGAUGCAUCAACUCAACCUUUCAGGGAGGAGAAGGCACGGGUUGACAGUCCUGUACAGAAUUUGUUGAGAGGAAGGUAGAUUUAUAGGCUGGUGCAAUCAGCUGUCCUUUUUUUGUUGGGGGUACCAUUUGUUGCAUUGGAUUGGCGUUCUUCAAAAACUCUGGCCCCUCAAUGUAUGACGAUGAUGGUGAUGAUUUCAGUCACUGAUCUUCGGACGAAAUCAUUGUAGAUACGGUUUUCCUAUGGUGGAGGAGUGAAAAAGAGAGUUGUUAACCGAUACAUAAGACUCAUGCUUUUGACUUUUCUGUUA